AUGUAUGCGGACGACAGCAUUAUGUGCUGUCUAUUUCCGAAUAGAUGUAACUCGUUUCCCCAAACGCCAGUAGUUAUAUUUUCGAGUGUAUUGGAAUAUAUAAAUAUGAUCAUCGUCUUAAGUUCAUAUAUCUUCAUAGUUUGGAGCUUAACGCGAAUAGUGCUACAGUUUGUAGAGGUACCUAAAUUAAUUGAUCAAAACAACUCCGAAGACAAUCGCUUAGAGGAACAAUCACUUCGGGAAGAUAUACAAACGAACCGUACGAACGAGUAUUUAUCCGAUGAAAAUAAUUCUGAUGGAUAUGGUGACAGACUAUGUUCGGAUUCCGACUUAGAUGUUUCUAAUUCCUUUCAACGACGGCUUGACAGAAAAAAUAAAUCAUCUUCUGAUUGUUACAAUUCUACUUUAGAUUCAUCCGAAGAAGUUGUUACUAUAGAUAUGAAUAAUCUAAGUAGAAGAAGUUCCAACUCCGGCAGACGAAAGUAUAGUAGUACCAGUGACGAGAAAGAAGAGCGUAAUCACAACAUGGAACACCUCGAAAAACAUGAUUACAAAAUGAUUGCCCUGCAUCAGUCUAAGUUAACUGUCAUUGAUGAAGAUGAUUUAAAAUUUCUGAAUGUGGCCCAAGAUGAUACGAAUAAUGACCAACCUAGAAACAGUAGAAACACGAUACCUGCAGUCUCGGACACAGAUUCAAUUAACGAGGAGCAGCGUCAGAAUAAACCUUCCGACCAUCCAACAUAA